UCAAGAUGAGUGAGUCGUCCGGAAGCUAUACUUACACCCAAACGUCAGUAUUAUUUUUCCACGCCAAGGUGAGAUCCUUUACACCAAGAUCCUAGGCAGACCAGACCCUGGCAUUAGGUCUUUCAGCAUUCCUUUGGCCAUCUUUAGGUUUUUUUCUUUCCCCCUUUUUAGUGGCAAGCAUCCCAGAAGUAAAAUAAGCUCUUUUGGAACAACUUUUGGUCAAUAGUAUUAAUUUAAAGAAGAUGUAGUGACUGUGCGUGUUUUUCCCCCCUAUAGAUUCCUUUUGGUUCUAAGUCCAAAAUGGCAACUCUCAAAGAUCAGCUGAUUCAGAAUCUUUUUAAGGAAGAACAUACCCCCCAGAAUAAGAUCACAGUUGUUGGGGUUGGUGCUGUUGGCAUGGCUUGUGCCAUCAGUAUCUUAAUGAAGGACUUGGCAGAUGAACUUGCUCUUGUUGAUGUCAUGGAAGACAAACUGAAGGGAGAGAUGAUGGAUCUCCAGCACGGCAGCCUUUUCCUUAGAACACCAAAAAUUGUCUCUGGCAAAGUGGAUAUCUUGACCUAUGUGGCUUGGAAGAUAAGUGGCUUUCCCAAAAACCGUGUUAUUGGAAGUGGUUGCAAUCUGGAUUCAGCCCGGUUCCGUUACCUAAUGGGGGAAAGACUGGGAGUUCACGCAUUAAGCUGUCACGGUUGGGUCCUUGGGGAGCAUGGAGACUCCAGUGUGCCUGUAUGGAGUGGAGUGAACGUUGCUGGUGUCUCCCUGAAGAAUCUGCACCCUGACUUAGGCACUGAUGCAGAUAAGGAACAGUGGAAAGAGGUUCACAAACAGGUGGUUGACAGUGCCUAUGAGGUGAUCAAACUGAAAGGCUACACCUCCUGGGCCAUUGGACUGUCUGUGGCAGAUCUGGCCGAAAGUAUAAUGAAGAAUCUUAGGCGGGUGCAUCCAAUUUCCACCAUGAUUAAGGGUCUCUAUGGAAUUAAAGAUGAUGUCUUCCUUAGUGUCCCUUGCAUCUUGGGACAGAAUGGAAUUUCAGAUGUUGUGAAGGUGACUCUGACUUCUGAGGAGGAGGCCCGUUUGAAGAAGAGUGCAGAUACACUUUGGGGGAUCCAAAAGGAGCUGCAGUUUUAAAGUUUUCUAAUGUACCACUUCACUGUCUAGACUAUAGCAGGAUUUUAGUUGGAGGUUGUGUAUAUUGUCCUUAUUAUCUGAUCUGUUACUCAAGUAAUACUAAAAUGGCCUAAGAAAAAGCGUCAGUUUCCUAAAGUUCCAAAUAGGAAUGGUUCACCAAACCCUGCAGCUGUAUCCUGGUACUGGAUGAUACCUGUCUUUGUAGCCCUAAAUUGGUGAACGUAAGUUAGCCCCACCGUCUCAGAGGCUCUACUGCCAGAGCUGCGGUUGCUCUGCACACCAGAUGUGUGUUUACUGUGUGUUCUGUCACUUCGGGUUCCUUCCCCCAACACCCGACAUGCCUAGUCCAUCUUUUCCAGUCAGUCACAUUCUGGGAUCCAAUGUAUAAAUUCAAUAUU